AUGCGUGCAUCCACGCAAGUAAUGCGGCAACAACCUCGUGAAGGAGGGCAGGGUGGUCUGGCGGCGUGCAAUGAGUGGCUCUCAACGGCACAUCAGAGCUUCGACGACGAACUCGAGCGACUUCGGCGACUCCAGAGUCAGGCUGAAGAGGAACGCGCGCAUACCAUACGAAGGGCGGAGGAACUUGCCGCGAACGUCGGCUUGCUCGUCACCGAGAAAGACUUCAACUUGGAUGAGGUAGAGCGCCUCCUCGGAGAGCAGCAUCUAGUCGAGAACGAGGCGAGACUACGUCAUGUUCGAGAUGCGCUCGCAGAGUGCGUUACGGAGUACGGCCAGCUUGAUGAGAAGAUCGACGAGGACUUGGCGGUGGCUGCCGUAGACGCAGAAAAGCUAUCAGAAGACGCACACAGGGUAGACAGGGAGAUUCAUGCACUGCAGCUGACCAUCGAUGGCGUGGAGACUACUAAGAACAAUCUUCUUUCCUCCGUUCGAAUGCUUUUGGAGGCAGCCGAGGUUAUGAUGGCCAACGCGCGUCUUGGCUUGCAGGCGACAGAGGCCUCCAUCGAGUGA